CUGCUGCUCUAUCUUCUGCUGCCUAUCCAUCCAUUCAUCCAUCUUCCCCUUCUUCAUUGUCAAAGCUAUACCUGAGCUUUGAUUCUUAAACAUUUGUUAAUGGAGAUCAUUCUUGGAACUGCUACUUGAUCCCGAGAGCAUAUGGUCAGCUUCGUGUCCAACUGAAAAACAAGUAGUGUUAUCAUACACCCAAAAGGGUAUAAUUAAUGUCUGGGAUAAUCUCACUCUCUCAUUCGUGUUUCUUGCCCCGCUUGUAUGCAGCUCCAAGGAGGGUUGUGAGGAUGUCUGCAGCUGAAACGAAACUCACGCCAAUGAAAUUGGGGUCACUGACUGUGAAGCCGCCUUCUCAUCCCACUUACGAUUUGAAGGGUAUCAUCAAGCUGGCCCUUACCGAAGAUGCCGGGAAUCGAGGCGACGUGACCUGUAUGGCCGUGAUUCCAACUGACAUGGAAGUGGAGGCCCAUUUUUUGGCAAAGGAGGAUGGUGUUGUUGCCGGAAUUGCUCUUGCAGAAAUGGUGUUCCAUGAGGUUGACCCUUCUCUCAAGGUGGAGUGGUCUCAGGCUGAUGGUGAUUAUGUUUGCAAAGGACUUCAGUUUGGAAAAGUUACUGGUCGGGCAUACAGUGUUGUUGUAGCUGAAAGGGUUGUGCUGAAUUUCAUGCAGAGGAUGAGUGGAAUAGCAACUUUAACUAAGGCAAUGGCAGAUGCUGCCCGCCCAGCUUGCAUUUUAGAGACGAGAAAAACGGCGCCAGGUUUACGUCUAGUGGAUAAGUGGGCGGUUCUCAUUGGUGGAGGGAAAAACCACAGGAUGGGCUUAUUUGACAUGGUGAUGAUAAAGGAUAAUCAUAUCUCUAUUGCUGGGGGAGUCACAAAUGCUAUUAGAUCUGUUGACAUGUAUUUGAACCAACAAAAUCUCAAGAUGGAAGUGGAGGUUGAAACAAGGACACUUGAUGAAGUUAAGGAAGUACUAAAUUAUGCAUCUCAGACAGAAACUUCUGUGACCCGAAUAAUGCUGGAUAAUAUGGUUGUGCCCCUAACAAAUGGUGAUGUAGACGUAUCUAUGCUUCAAGAGGCUGUGAAAUUAAUCGAUGGGAAAUUUGAAACAGAGGCAUCAGGAAAUCUUACUCUUGAAACAGUGCACAAAAUUGGACAGACAGGUGUAACUUAUAUCUCAAGCGGUGCUCUGACUCAUUCCGUAAGAGCGCUCGACAUCUCGCUCAAAAUCGACACGGAGCUUGCCCUCCAAGUAGGAAGGCGGACAAAAAGAGCUUGAUCCUCUCUUUGACCAGUCCAAUAAAAUGAACUCCGACCCAGUUUCUCUCAACCAUGGUCUCUGGGUUGUCCAUCAAUGUCAAUGAAUUCUCAAGACGUAUGCAGGUCUUGUGGCUCUUCCUUGUUGAACUGAAAAAGGCUCUAGCUAAGGCAUAAAGUGUGCCGGAAAGUUAUAGUUUUCGGAGUCAAUUACUUCGAUGUGAAUCGAUCUCUAGAUAGAGAUUUUGUCAACAUAAUCAGGUCAUGAUGAAUUCAUUUUCGCGUUUUAGUUAGCUUAUGCUACACGGUUUCGACAAUCUUAUAGUAAUUUUUUCUUAGUAGAAGUUACUACCCAUCAUAGGUAGAAAUUUUACCUAAUUUCGGAAAACAUGUUCCUUCACAUUUUUAACUAGUUCCAAAUUGUCAUAGUUUUACCUAAUUUUAUCCUUUUGACU